GCAGCUAAACCUUUAUGGGCCCUUAUUUUGGAACAAUUCGACGAUUUAUUAGGCAAGAUUCUCUUGCUCGCGGCUAUCAUUUCCUUUAUUCUCGCCCUUUUUGAAGAACAUGAUGAGCAAGUAACGGCAUUUGUGGAGCCCUUCGUGAUUUUGUUUAUUCUUAUUGCUAAUGCAGUCGUCGGAGUGUGGCAGGAAAGGAAAACCCAAAGAGCCAUUAAAGCGCUGAAGGAGUAUAAGCCAGAAAUUGCCAAAGUCAUCCGAUCGAAUAAGCACGGUAUCCAAAGAAUACGAGCCAACCAAAUUUUACCCGGUGAUUUGGUUGAAGUCAGUGAUAAUUGUUGACAAGAUUCCCGCGGACAUUUGUCUCACGAAAAUUAUAUUGGCGAUGGCGGAUCUCAAGGAUAUCAAAAGAAACGCGGAGCGUGCCCGCGACUCGUUUAAAUGUAUGGUACAUCAGACGCCAGACGGAGACGACUACAACAUAACGCCAUGCUGUGGAAACAUUAUGUGCACGGCAUGCUUUGCGACGCUAGUGAAGAAUGAAAAAGAUAAAAACAAGGACAAGAAAGCGGGAGAGCCGUUAUUCAAACAUCUGUGUCCCAGCUGUCGCAGCCCGAACUGGAAGGAGCUACGCAAACUUGGGUGGAUAAAAGGAGCAGCUGAUGACAGCGGCAAAACAGUGGACAUUAUCCAGGCCGCCAUCGCUGUUGGCGGUCGACCGCCAUGUGAAGAUGCGACUGCUCAGGCCUCUCUGCCAACCACCGUAAAGGCUUCUCCUCGGGCACAAAUGGAAUUUUGCCGGAACGUCGCUGAAAUAAUCUUUCCUGGCCUAGAUGCCCGUGCCACCCAACUCGGCUACAUCAUGCUGACUGGUGUAGAAUUGCGGUGGCUGUGGACUUUUGAUCUGGCGUCACUGGAUUACAAUUUGUACCGAUCGGAUAAUGACUUUUUGGAGGCCAGCGGAAGCCAGUACUAUCGCAUGUUGCACGCCAACGAAGCGACCGUAUUUGAUUACGGCAACGUCGCCAAACUGAUGGAGAAGCUGGAUACUCCUGUGGCCGCCGUCAAGAGUACGGCGCUGGCUGAUUCGCUUUUCCGCCCAUCCGUUCUGCUGGACAGUAAGGAUACCACGGAAUUUGUACUCCAGUGGAUUAAACCGUUCGCUAUUAAAGGGAAAGAUGAAUAUGUGCGAACGUUAUUCGAGCGUUUUGGUUUGUCCUGCAUCCGCAAAGAGAUCCCAUAUACCAAACCGCAUGCAGUCCAUGGACCCUGCAAGCCCAAAUGCGCGAAGUGCCGAGUCUAUGGCGCAGUUCGAAAUGAAGAACUCCACGUUUAUAAGAUGGACGGGGGCGAACGGUACGAAGUUACGUGUGCGCUGUGUGGGGUAGACAUCGAGUGGAAGGAAAUGCAGCGACAUGUGCGAACAGUGCACAAAGAAUCGAAGUGGGAUGUUUGUCGGUGCUGGGCUCCUCUACAUGGUCGCUAUGCUCCAAAAAUUCCGCACGGAGUUAGCUGUCCGCUACGGACCUUCCCUUUGUUGACAGGAAAGCGCGGGGAAUGUAACCGGCACAAACCCUUCCUCCUACGCUCAAAACCCACGCCCCGCCGCCCUUUCCGGAUAGAAAAGGGACUGUACGGGUUAAGUUGGAUCUGGCUGUUCGAAAUGGCCGAGCUUCGUGGGUGCUGUCGUGGCCUUUGUGAAGUCUCCGGGCGCAGUGCGGAUUUGUUUCUUUUUUAACUUGGAAAUUACUACAAUUGUCGGUCGACCGACAGAUACUUGUUCUUCUGUUACUGUAUUCGCUCGCACAUCUUGAACCACAGAGUGUGUGUACGGGAAAAGCGCGCAUUCAAUAUACACACUCUAACCGGGCCAAACGCGCGAUUCGCGAUUAGAUAAAUUUCUGAUGUUUUACAACAUCUGGACUGGAGAACUUCUUGAAUAAUGAAAAAAAUUAGAGCUCUAACAAUUUUUAUCAUGUUUAUGCUCGAAAGCAGCCAUUAACAGACAGCUUUGGCGUAAGCACGAGUUACAAACUGAUUUGUUGUGGUUUUUGGGGUGCCCCUGGAGGGGGAGGGGUACGUUCCGCGUCAACAUUCUUGAUGGCGAUGAACCACAGAACAAUUCGAGCUUUCAGCUAUAGAACCUUUUUUCCAAAGUGAAUUGCCGUUUAAAUGAAAAGUCUUGAUUUAUUAAACAAAUUCACAAGAAGAACUGUUCAUCCUGAAACCAAAUAAGCAAUAUUUCGUAGUCGUGCAUUUUGCCCGGUUAGAGUGUGUAUAUUCAAUGCGUGUUUUUCCCGUACACACACUCUGUGGUCCAAGAUGUGCGAGCGAAUACAGUACUUCACCGCGAACGCGUUAUUUCGUUUGUAAAGAGAAUUGU